AAUUCGCUGGAGAUGAAUUAAAUUAUAAUGUCAUUCGCGUCACUAAUAGCAUAGAUACAGAGCUCUACUUACAUCUUGUCCAAGGCUUAAAGUUGGAAAACGAGUUUAUUCAAACAUUAUAUGUAAUUCCACGACAGGUGAUUGUGAUGCUCAUUCAAGAAAUGGAGCGUUGGGAUCCGCAAUUCUGUAUAAAAAUUGCGUAUGAUCCUGCUUUAUAUAUAUCAAAUAACCUUGAUAUUAAGUACAGGAAAGAAUUGUUGGUAGUCUUGGCUCGUUUAGUGAUAUAUAAUGCUGCUUCAGUUACAGAGGAUCAUCAGCGACUUAAAUUAAUUAGGUCAACAGCAAGUCAUAUAGAAAAUUAUUUGAAUCCUGUCUCACUUGAAAGUAUUCCUGACAAUAAGCUAAAUUCAAAAAGUGACGAAUAUGACGUAGUUGUAGAUUAUAUGUUUUCAACGCCUUUCUAUUCUCAUCGAUCUGUGAGACCACUAUAUAAAGCUCGACAACAACUUGUUCAUUAUUUCAUCACGUUGAAAGCUGAUCCAACGAUUGCUGAAAAAAAUGCCUUUUCGAAUUUAUUCAAAUACGCGAGUGAUAUUGAUUCACUACCACAACAACCUUUUAAGCUUAAACCACGUUCAGACUUAAUGAUUAAACUCCUACAAGAAGAUAAAGCCAGGCACGCAAAUGUAGUCGAUCGUGUGAAGAAUUAUGAUUUAAAUCGAUUUGAAAUUUCGACUACGGCAGAAAAAGACAUUGGCCUAAACAAACACGAAGAAGCAUUUGUCACAAUAUGUCGCACGGUUCGUGCAAACCUUGCAUAUGAUACAUCAUUUGCUCUUCGAAUAACUAAUUCCAAGUUAUCUUCGGAGUUGAGUCCAUCUACUAUGCGCCCUGUUAGAAUGGAUCUUGAAAAGUAUUGUCAGUGGGUACAAGAGAGCAUAUAUCUUGGUCUUCCCGGCUAUAUAUCCCUCUUAAAAUUGAUGAUUCAAUAUUUUGAUCUUUUCGUUGGAUUUGAAUACAGUGUUGAACAACUUGCAGCUAUGAUUCUCGAACACGGUCUAUGCACGGAGUUAUAUCAAAGUGUCAAAAGAAUUGUUAAAGUAUUUCUUCCAAAAGGACACAAUAAAGUAGUUAAGGCUGUUAUUGAAUUGUUGAUUAUGAUGUUUGGUCUUAUGCCACUACGUACAAAAAAUGUAUUCCGAGAUUUUAUGAUUUUAGAUAGAUUGCCCGCUUCAGCGAUUACAUCGCCGACUUUUGAUUCUUGGACAAUCUGGUCUUUUGAUUUUGAACAACGGCUUACUACAAUAUGUAAUCAAUUGGUUUCUUCGAUGGACGAUAUCCCUACGAAGACAACAGAAGAUCAAACGUUGGGCAAAUCCGAUCCAUUUAAAUUGCAAAUAGUAGAUUCACUGAUUCUGUUAUCUUUAAUAUCUCCUUACCACGUAUUACACAAACUUGCGUGGGAGUCCAUUCAUAAUAAAGGGCAAUGGUUAAUAAUUCUUGAUAUAUUGCGUAAUAUAAGAUCUAUAUGUUGGCUUCGUCAAACCCCCAAAUCUCCCUCACUGUUCAUAAUUGUGCUUAAAGAUAUACUGCUUCAAAUUGACGAUGGUUCCGUUGUUUUGGCGCGUCAGGAACAAAAGAAUUGGAAUGAAUUCGUCGUGCAUGCGAUGCUGGGUAAUUCUACCAAGUUAGCAAUAGAACAUACAUUAACAGAAAUUGGGGAGUGGGGCAAUAACGACAUCUUAAUUGAUAUUCGCGAAUACAUCGCUAAUUGCGUGUUGACCUAUUUGCAGAAUUCAUUUCCUGCAUCUUCAACAUCCCUUGGCAGAAAAACCACGAUAUACUUGGCACUUUACACCCUCAACUCCUUAUUGCCUCCCAGUGUGUCGACUCUUCCUCGAUUCGAUUCAUGUUGGUUUAUGAAAUCAGAGCCAUUCUCGCUUUUACAUAGCCUUGCUACACUGUUUGAUCAACGUGAAGCAAUGUUGGUUCAUAUGAAAACUAUAGAUAUUCUUUAUGCCUUGCUAAAAGAGUUUAUGGGAUUAUUAACCGGAUAUAUCAUGUCAAUUCAAGACGAUUAUGAUAAAGAUGAUCCAAUUCUUCCAUUAUUCAAUGCUUUUAUAAACAAUCUUUGGACUUUAGAAUUUACAAUAAUCGACGAGAAAGAAGCUAAUAUACUUGGUCAAGAGAAAACGAUGAAGCAAUUAUUGUUGUUUUUAGAAGCUUGUAAAAUCUCAAUUUAUUGGUGCAAGAAAUUUAGUUUGUCGCUCAAUGUUGUUCAAUCUAUUUCAAAACCAAUUCUGCGAAAUAUUUUCUGGACCGUUGCACCCUUUUCGUUCUGUUAUGUUCUUGAAAAAAGUGUAGACGAAGAAUCUAGAAAUAUGCUAGAUAUGCUAUUAAAAAACUUGAUUUCAUAUGGUAUUUUAUCGGCCACUGAAUUGUUGUUAGUUGACAUUGAAUGUAACGAUAUAAACGAAAGCUUUAUGUCCGAGUUUGCAAUUGAAGAAAGAAUAACAUUAUGCUGUGUUAGAUAUUCAUUGAUAAAUAUCUUGUCUGCCCUAAAACAUAUCAAGGAGAAAAAAGCCGAGCAGAAAAGAGAAGAUUUAACAUCAUUACUUUCUGAAGAGGAUAGUGAUAACACGCAUCCUGUGACAAUUAAUGAUAUACAUAUCACUCAAAAUAUCAUAAAUGUAUUAAAGGCGCUUGUUAUACUAUCUGACUUUCCUAAGUCUGAGGAAAAUUUAUACAUAUUCCUGUUGACAGUUGUUGAAAUGAUGGAAAAAACCUGUGUAGGUGCGUUACAUAAGGGUGAGAAGGAAUCUGGUAACAUAGCCAAAACCGGCAAAAAGCAGCGCAAAAAAAAACAGGGAGAUGACGUUAGAAAUGUAGAGACCAUUUUAGAAUCAACAGCUGAUGAAUCAACAAGUGUUGAAACUAAAAAUGAAAACUUUUCAGAAUGGCGAGAAAGACUAGUCCUGAAUGGAAUUGAUAAAAUCAGAAAGCAAACUUGGAGAAAUGCUGUGAAGCAGGUGUUAAAACCCUACAUAUAUAGGCUUGAAG